GACGGGAAGUUAAGGUUGCGCUUGUUUGACUUUUAAUGUAUUUCAUUGGCAUUCAUAUAUCGUUCUUUUUUCUUUUUUAUCUGAAGUGAUUAUGUACAGUGAUCCCAUCGGCAUCCGUGUGAAGAGAACGCGAGCGAAGUUUCUAUUUCUCCAGCGUGCCUUCGUUUUUCGCCAGGUACCUCGCCCUGGACGGCAUCACGGGCGAAGUGAUGCUGAACAGAAGCCUCGUCGAUGUGGCGGACUCCACGAUCGCCUUCACUGUCAUUGCCGAAGACGGCGGCUCCCCCAAGCAGCAAGACCGGGCCCGCGUCGAAAUCCUCGUCAAGACCAUAUCCGACCCCCAGAACGCGCGGGCUGUCGUGGUGAACGAGACGAGCGUGCGCAUCUGCUGGCAGCGACCCCUGUACGGCAACGUGUCCGGCUACGUGGUCAAGUACCGCGCGGCGUCGGAGAACGUCACCUCGUACGUCAACGUGACCACGGGCGCCGGCGCCGACAAGUGCGUUCCGGUGCUGAAACUGCGGCCCUGGACCGACUACGAGUACCGGGUGUACGCCUGGAACGGCCGCGAAGAGGGCAUCGGCAGUCCUGUGGACAGAUUCGCGACGCGCAUCGACUACUGCUUGAUGAACGUCUGCAAGCACGGCUCGUGCGAGGCCACGGACGCGCGCCCCGGUUACCGGUGCGUGUGCGACCCGGGCUUCUACGGCGAGGCGUGCGAGCACUUCGACCCGUGCUCCGAGAACCCGUGCAAGACGUUCGGCACCUGCGUCAACACGGGCCACGGCGAGUACCGCUGCGACUGCUUCACGGGUUUCUCGGGCCGCAACUGCUCCGACUUCAACCCGUGCCUGCUCAAGCCGUCCGCCUGCCUGCACGGGGGCGUGUGCCAGUCCAACGCGUCGCACAUGUUCACGUGCCUCUGCGUGGACGGCUACUACGGCAAGACGUGCCACCAGUACGACCCGUGCUUCUCGUCCCCCUGCCUGCACGGCGCCCGCUGCCUGAACGAGUCGGACGUCAAGUUCAGCUGCCAGUGCGUGCAGGGAUACGCGGGAAACCUUUGCGAGCAGAACAUCAACGAGUGUCUCUCAAGCCCUUGCAAAAACCGCGGUGAGUGCGAGGACGGCAUCAACAGCUUCACCUGCCACUGCCCUCCGGGUUACGGUGGCCCACUGUGCGAGCUCAGAGACACAUGCCCGGAAGAACUGCAGCAAACGGACAAAGGCACUUUCCACUGGCAGCCCACAGCGCAUGGCUCCGUGGCCAAGGUCGAGUGUCCGUACGGUGCCUACAACCCGGCCAGCGAGUACAAGUAUGCGAGACGAAAGUGCCGCCUGCUGCCCAGCGGACAGACGGGCUGGAUGAAAAUUUCGGCGCAGCACUGCCGGUAUAAGAGCUUUCAGACGGCCGAGAACAUCACCUCCGAAUUGGAGUUCCUGACGCACGACCCGACCAACAUCAGUCCGGAACAGCUGCAGAGCUUCGCUGAUAAGAUUGAGCCAGUUGUCGAAUACGCCAUCAAGGAUAUCAAGAUUGCACAAGCCAUGAUUCACGUGAUCAGCAACUUCCUCGCCCUCAAUGACAGCGUCAUCGCAGAAGGAGACGCGAAAGGAAUGGCUGUUGAAAAGCUGGUAUCUGUGGUGGAGCGAUUCACCUCGGAGGUGGUGCUGGGGCCUGGAGCGCUGAUCAUCGAGAACGAGAACCUGGUAGUGAAGGCGGUUGCCUGGUCGCCUAAGCUGCUCUCUCAGGGUCAAGAUUUUCUCAGCUUCUCCCUUCGCUCCAACGGAGACCACUAUCUGCACGAGGACUUCUCUGGGGACGGCGACGAGCAGGAGAACGGAGAUAACAUCGUGAUCGCCAUACCUUUCGAGGCACUGUCGAUGGCCAUCAACAGCUCUCUCCUGGCGGCCGGUGAACCCUACCGUCCCAUACACGAGGUGGAGAAGGGGCCUCGCAUCGCGUUCAUCUCUUACCGCAACGACAAGUUCUUCCGGCCUAAUCGCCACGGUCCGGUGUCCUUGGUCAGCGCAGGCCAAGUCGUGCUCUCCGCGAAGAUCGGCGACAGCAAGAUCGAAAAUCUCACCGACCCCUUGGUCUACUCGUACCCGACGUACAACACCGAGAGGUACAUCUGCGCCUUCUGGGAUGAGCGCCGUAAGGAGUGGUCUACCACCGGCAUAACGACAAACCACUCGACAAACGUGACCGUGUGCUCCUCGACGCAUAUGACUGCGUUUUCGCUGCUCCUGGAUCCUAUUCCGGCAAAGACCACGGCACGCCACCACUACCGGAUUCUUUCGCUCAUAUCCUACGUAGGGUGCAUCAUGUCUGUCGUCGGGUUGUUCUUCACGAUAUUGACCUACGCUCUUUUCAGGUGCCUGAACAAGGACCGGUCGGGCAAGAUCCUGCUCAACCUGUGCUCGGCGAUGCUCUUCCUGAACGUCUCCUUCCUGCUGGGCUCCCUGCACGAGCGGUUCCCCAGGCUCGAGCUGUGCCUCGGAGCGGCCGUGGCGACUCACUACUUCCUGCUCGCCUGCCUCGCCUGGAUGGGUGUCGAGGCCUCCAACAUGUACCAGAUGCUGGUGCACGUGUUCGCCACGUCCGAGACGUGUUUCAUGCUCAAGCGCGUCCUCCUCGCCUGGGGAAUACCGGCUGUUAUUGUUGGAACUUGUCUGGCCAUAGACUUGGAGCCUUAUAAGGAUCAAGACGACUAUUGCGUGAUAUCAUCCAGAAACCCAUUCAUCUACUACAUCGCGUUCCUGGGCAUCUCCUGCUUCAUCCUCUUCAUCAACUUACUCGUUUUCAUCAUGGUGACGCGGGUGCUAUUCAAGCCGCGCAUGGCCGAAGCCAACGCUAAGGCCGCCGACCACAACUCGUGCUCGGGCUCCAGCCCCGCCUCCGCCGCCGCCGCCGCCAACCCGCCCAUCACCGUGGCCCAAGUUCGCGGCGCCUUCACCGUCAUGACUCUGCUGGGUGUCACGUGGAUAUUCGGCGUGUUCGCCGUGGGCGAAGCCAAGACGGCGUUCCAGUACGCCUUCUGCGUCUGCAACUCGAUGCAGGGUUUCCUCAUCUUCGUGGUCAGGGUGCUGCAGUACCCGGAGGCACGCGCCUCCUGGGCCCAACUAGUCACCACGGGGACGUUCAAGAAGCACCGCGGCGGAGCGGUGCCCGCGGGGUCCUGGUGCGCCAACUCGGAUCCCAAGCAGAACAGCCAUUCGUCCAUGGUGCGGGUCACGUCCUGCAGCACGGACAGCACGAGCACCGUGGUCUUCAACAGCAAUAUCUGGAGCAAGGGUGGCGGUGGAACAGCAGCAGGUGGCAGGGACCACCCCACGAUACUGCCCCGUUUCUCGGGCGUCCGAAGGUUGCUCAAGAACUCGAACGUGCAGAAGGACGACAAGAGCGCUGCAACACUGCCCAAGAAGUUAAAGUCCUCGCACAAGGUGGUCACUGACGAGACUGACUCCAAGGAGAAUCACAAGGAAUUUUACUCCUCUGAACAUCAAGUCACAUCUGUGGUCCCAGACCUCUACUCAGGCCAAGAGCGGGAAAUUAUAAAGACCAGCAGCGUGAAGGCCUCUGAUCUCCUGAAUAAUUUCAACGAUCAGUCGCGCAACAUGACCGCGACCAUGGGCCUGGGAAGCGAGCAGAAGGCACACAUCUUGUUCGCCUACGCCGGUGGUGAGACCACUCCUAUUCGAAUCAACGGCAUUGUGCAGUCAUCAAUGGACAAGCCCAAGCUGGAAUCGUUCAGCACGUUUCAGAGGCCAUCGCCUGUGCCAACGAGCACGCCGAACCUGCCCGAACUGCCCCCUUUCUGGAACCUGCCUCAGGAGGCGGCGACAUUUGUGGCAGAAUCUUCCCAAACUGUUCGUUCGGACCGUGGGCCUAUUCGGAGCUCCCUGAAGAGUACUGAGGAGACAUCGUUCUCAAUAGCGAAUGGAGGCAGCGUUACGAUAGCGUCCUGAGGGCCUAAAUAUCCGCAGGUGGCUACUGUGUUGCCAUUUUCCAAUUGAGUCCCUGGGUGACAAACUGCCAGUGUUUUAGCAUUUCGCAGACGAGCCAAUACCUUGCCGCUCAUUAAUUUUGGGCUUGUGCGAUGAGCCUUCAGUUCAACAGUAACACAAACUUUCCAGCGAUGCCCUGCGUCUCGUCCGAGAAUCAUAGAGAGGCCAAAGCAUUGUCAUCUUUUAGUUCGUGAGAACAAUGACCGUCUGUGAGCGGCGACCACAUGGAGCUCUUUUCGAGGACACUGUCGGCAACGGAUCGCUGGGUGCGAAUGUGUUCAUUCCCCGUUCCACGAUAAGGGCACUGUCACCGAGUCCAAGGUUAGUACCAUGAGGCAACUGUUUUCAGCGGUGACAAGGUGCAAUACUUGUAAGCCGAAUCGCAAGUCAUCUUGGGGUGUGACUUAAACGGGGCGACGUCGUGUAAAGUCAUGCCGCAAAUGUGUCGAAAAUGCGCCCAGUGUAGUUGCCGCUGAAGGCCUAAUGUAGGUGGUGGAGCAGAACACGUGAUCAAGAGGCGACGAUGGCGAGUCCACUGUGCACAGUACAAGGACUUGGAACAGCAUUCUCAACUAGAAUUGUUGACCUUCGCAUGUGGUGGUGUUUUGUGGAGAUUAGUGAGCACGACGCCAUGAUAGCGAGAGACCGGGAACUCGAGGGUGUCAACUUGUUAUUUGUUCUUGUUGUUACGCCUUGCCCUUGAACGUUCAGCCAUAACCUUGGCCAAAAGAAGAAGGAAAAAAAAAGCGCUGCGGCCUUGCCACUCUUGACAUUUUGCUGCCGUGGUUUGUUGCUGACUUACUAGUCCCAUUUAAUCGUUUUUGAAAGAAAAAAACAGUUUCCAAAUGUCCUAGGUGUGCGAUAAGUCAACGUGUAUGAAAUGAACUGCCAGUGAGAAUGUGCUGGUGCUCUAUUUUGCCGUCGUCAUCUCCGCUCAUACUUGUUUAUUUGCUGGUUUCACUAUGGCAGGUGGGUGAAGGCUCAAGAGUGCCGUCUCGUCUGAGUUAAAAUCCAAUUUGCCCGGUGUUUGAAGAGCUCAGCACCAAAACGAGUCCGCAAAUUUCUUCCCUGCUCUCUUCUUCUCUCAUUCUCUGUUCUUCAGGACUUUACAACGUUCGUUUUUUCGAAUGUUAUUCUUCACUGCCAUGCAAUGCUAACAUUGAGCAUCGCUGUGCAGACAACUAAAGAAGCAAAAAUGAUGGCCGAGCGAUCUGUAAUUGUGCUCUUGCGCAAUGUCUGAACAGACGUCUGAUCGUCGGAACGCCUCAGCAAGGCAAAAAGUGGUGUCUACACAAAAUAUGUCACCUCCGAAGGUUGAUUUAGAAGAAUUACUACUGCUAUUCAAAUGUAUUUAUUUGAAAGUUUUAAUCCCCCCCUUUUAUGUUGUGAGGCUAGAGUUUGUCGAAGGCAGCAUUGAAGCGCAAUUAUUGGAAAGAUAAAGUUGCCUAUAUAGUAAUAAAAAAUAAGCUGUAUUUAAAUAUUUGAGCCGAUGCUGCUUUAAAGCUUCUUCCCUGCCUUGAAAAUCAUUGAAACGCUCCACUACCCUUCCCCCGCCCUCCCUACUUGAGUUUCUUUUCAGACAUAUACCGAAGAUGUAAUGGAAACCUGUCUGACUGUUAUCUUUAGAUAAGAGCAGCCGCUAGCGCGUUUCGGCGCUCAAGUUGGACUCACGUGGAAAGAAAUUGCUGACGCACUUGGCAGACGCAUCGGCAUGUGACCUAGGGCUCGCGAAGCGCGUACUGCAGAACAUCAGCGCAGGCUACAGCGGCUAGCUUCGCGAUUCCGUCUUGUUAAGACUGGUCGCGCUCGAUAAGAAUAGGUUUGCUAUACAAUCAGUCGAGUACGUUAGUAUGUCGUAUGUAUUGAGUUGCAAGCGUUGAGGGAGAGCACAGGCAUCGUAAUGCACGGAUGCUGAUCAGUUCUAAAUUAGCCAUUUAUUACACCCUGAAGUUAGUAUCGCCAAAGGGCAAGCCUCAAAGCGGUGCGUCAGGCGAGUCGGCAUUCUUGUGGGUCUUCCUCGCUCCUUGGGACCUUUUGAGUCUGGCCUCACGGUAAAUGUCUGUGUUUUGCUUCACCAAUUAACUGCGGGAAUUCUCGACCCUACCUAUUUUAUCAGAUAGGUGCUGCCAAUGGUCGUUUCUUGCUUGUUUUUAGAUCUAUUUCGUUGACUUGGCCUGCUUGCCCAAAUCGCUAUCUUAUUGCACUGCGGAAAAUCAUUGCGUAAAUUAGUUUUGCCUUUUGUAUACCUGGUGAAAUGUACUUUGUCUGCCGAGUAUCGUCAGUGGCAAUUUGCCAAGGCUGCGGCAUAGGCGACCGUCCCUAGUUGUGCUAUUUCAGUGCUGUCACGUCGGAUGCGGCAAGAUUCACCGUACCACCUACGCAUACCUGUGAUUGUCCUCAAUUCUGUGAUAAGCUGUGCAGCGCAGUUUAGAAGGAGAAAAAACGUGCGAGUACUUUUUUACAC